CGCGAAAAACCACUUGUGCGUAUGUCGUCGCGUAGCUCCGAUAGUUCGUCCUGAUUUCGUUACGACACGCGUCGCGCGAUCUCUCAGAACAAAGAGAGAGAGAGAGAGAGAGAGAGAUAGAGAGAGAGAGAGAGAGAGAGAGACAAAAGGAGAGAGAUAUAAAAUCUCUCUUUGCGCACAUGCCGCAACUCUUGUUUCUCUUUUCACUUCCGUUUCCUUCUCGUCUCGGAUCGUCUCCGGAAAGUCUCCCGAGGUGUCCCGCCCAAGGGCGACAUUCGCCGGAUCGAAAGUGAUCUACGCCGUCAGUAUAGGUGGACAUAGAUCGUCGUGAAGUGUAAAACGUCGACAACGACGACAACGACGACGGGAGAAAUAACAGUGUGUUUAUUUCGCUCGUUCGAACUGGCUCGGUAGUUGUUUUUCUUCGAGUCGCGAAGGUGGAUUUUUUGGCAUUUUUCUUUUUAGGAGAAUCCGGUAGUGAACACUGACGGAAAUGUCUCGGAUCACCGAUCGCGUCUGACUAUUGUCGGUGCUUUCUACUGAAUCGUUUCAUCACGUAAAUGCCUGCAGGAUUAAUCGUAUGAUCAAUCUGAUCCGGACAACUUUUUGCAAGAGACCGAGAUCGAAGGUCUGUCAUUGAAAGUUUAUCAGCGAUUUUCUCAAGUCGGGGAGAGAGAAAAAGAGAAAGAAAGAAAGAAAGAAAGAAAGAAAGAAAAAGCGAACAUUUUCUUCGUCGGCCGAGAUUUUCUGUCUCUUUCUUUUUUUCUCGUGCUCGAAAUCCGCGCACGGACACAAAAAUAGAAACUGUCAUUCGAUAAAUCGAUCCCUCGCUGUCGAGACUGUGGAUGGUUAGCGACGACGCGGUGGUGGUGGUGGUGUUCCGUUCGUUUGCGUGUGUGCGCGCGUGUAAACAUACAAUCUACGCGUAAACUGUAACAGACAUGAGUGCUUCCGGAGCGAUUCCACUGAUUUUGGCGAAGAAGGAGCAGAUUGUUGAAGGCGAUGGAGGCGGCGCCGGCGGAGAUGGCGAUCCUAUUGUCGGCACGACCAAUUCCGAGAAGAAGUCAGGAUAUGAGACCAAUCUGUAUCUGUACAGUGAAGAGAUGGAGGAUCGGCCGCGGAUUUCGACGUUGCUCAACAGCUUGGCCAGCUACAGCAACACCAUUCCCGCCGCGACCGAUCCGGACGCCAAACCGCCUCCGGCCGCGGCGGGCGGAGCGCGAAUGGGCACCCUCAUAGGUGUCUAUUUGCCGUGUAUCCAGAACAUCUUCGGUGUGAUUCUCUUUAUCCGUCUGACAUGGGUGGUCGGUACGGCCGGCGCCAUUCAGGGCUUCUUCAUCGUGCUUUGCUGCUGUUGCGUUACUAUGUUGACGGCGAUCAGUAUGAGCGCUAUCGCUACCAACGGCAAGGUGCCAGCCGGUGGGUCUUAUUUCAUGAUAUCGAGAAGUUUAGGUCCGGAAUUUGGUGGCGCGGUCGGUAUGCUGUUUUACACCGGUACCACCCUGGCAGCCGCGAUGUACAUCAUCGGUGCCGUGGAGAUCGUUCUCACCUACAUGGCGCCGUCACUCAGCAUAUUCGGCGAUUUCACAAAAGACGCCAGUAUAAUGUACAACAACUUCCGAGUUUACGGCACCGUCUUGCUAAUGAUAAUGGGCACGAUUGUCUUCGUGGGUGUGAAGUUCGUUAACAAGUUCGCUACGGUGGCACUGGCCUGUGUAAUUUUCUCCAUCAUCGCUGUUUACGUGGGACUCUUCGUGAACUUCAACGGCAACGAGGCUCUGAAAUUGUGCCUGCUCGGCAAGAGACUGUUAAAAGAUCUCAACGUUCUCACGGAUUGCAAUAAGAAUGUCAGCGGCCUUUUGCAUAAGAUUUACUGCGGCAACAGCACGACGAAAUGCGAUCCGUAUUAUCUCGAGAAUAAUCUCACCAUCGUCAACGGUAUUCGCGGCUUGGCUAGCGGUGUAUUCUUAGAAAAUAUAUGGGACAAAUUCCAAGAGGAAGGACAGUUGAUAUCUUACGGCAAUGAUCCGAAAGACACUGACAUUUUGUCAGGAUCGUCUUUCAAUCAAAUCCAAGUCGAUCUAACUACCACCUUCACCAUUCUUAUCGGCAUAUUUUUCCCUUCCGUAACGGGUAUUAUGGCGGGUUCCAACCGAUCUGGCGACUUGGCAGACGCCCAGAAGUCUAUACCGAUAGGAACAAUUUGCGCGAUUCUGACAACCUCCACUGUUUAUCUGUCAAGCGUUUUACUCUUUGCCGGUACUGUUGACAACCUGCUCUUACGUGACAAAUUCGGCCAGAGUAUCGGCGGCAAGCUGGUAGUGGCAAACAUGGCUUGGCCGAAUCAGUGGGUGAUUCUGAUCGGUUCGUUUUUGUCUACUCUGGGCGCGGGUCUACAGUCUUUGACGGGAGCGCCACGAUUGCUUCAAGCGAUCGCUAAAGACGGCAUCAUUCCCUUCUUGACACCGUUCGCCGUCAGUUCCAGCCGGGGCGAGCCCACUCGCGCUCUUGUACUCACCGUGUUGAUCUGCCAAUGUGGCAUCCUUCUUGGCAACGUGGACUAUCUGGCACCGCUUCUGUCUAUGUUCUUCCUUAUGUGUUACGGCUUCGUAAAUCUUGCUUGCGCUCUGCAGACCCUGCUGCGCACGCCUAACUGGCGACCGCGCUUCAAGUAUUAUCACUGGAGUCUAUCGUUUCUCGGUCUGACGCUCUGCAUCGCCAUCAUGUUUAUGACCAGCUGGUAUUACGCAUUGCUGGCGAUGGGUAUGGCCGGUUGUAUCUACAAGUACAUCGAAUAUCGAGGCGCCGAGAAAGAAUGGGGCGACGGUAUUCGCGGUCUGGCACUCUCAGCGGCUAGAUAUUCUCUGCUUAGGCUCGAAGAAGGCCCGCCGCACACCAAGAACUGGCGUCCGCAGAUUCUGAUCCUCGCCAAACUUACCGACGAUCUGGUGCCUAAGUAUCGCAAGCUUUUCGCUUUUGCCAAUCAACUGAAAGCGGGCAAGGGUCUUACCGUAUGCGUGAGCUGUCUGGCCGGUGAUUUCACACAGAAGUCCGGCGAGGCGCAGGCAGCCAAGCAAAGUCUGAAGAAAGCCACGGCUGAGGAAAAGGUGAAAGGUUUCGUCGACGUUCUCGUGGCGAGGAGCGUUGUUGAUGGAUUGAGCUCGUUGAUACAGAUGACUGGACUGGGCGGUUUGAAGCCGAACACGGUUAUACUCGGCUGGCCGUACGGCUGGCGACAAUCAGAAGAGGAGAGAACCUGGCGCGUCUUCCUGCAAACCGUCAGAAGCGUUUCGGCCGCCAAGAUGGCUCUGUUGGUUCCUAAAGGCAUUAACUUCUUCCCGGAUUCUAGCGAAAAGAUAAUCGGUAACAUCGACGUCUGGUGGAUCGUGCACGACGGCGGUUUAUUGAUGCUGCUACCGUUCUUGCUGAAACAGCAUCGAACUUGGAAGAACUGUAAGAUGAGAAUCUUCACGGUCGCCCAAAUGGAAGAUAACUCGAUUCAAAUGAAGAAGGAUCUGAAGAAAUUCUUGUACGACUUGAGAAUCGAGGCAGAAGUAGAGAUCGUUGAAAUGACAAAUACCGACAUCUCCGCGUACACGUACGAGCGCACGUUGAUUAUGGAGCAGAGAAAUCAGAUGCUGCGCGAGUUACAGUUGAACAAGAAACAAUCUCUAGGAGUGGUGCAGUUGGUGGACUUCAACGAGGUACCCGCCGAGGAAAAAUUACCUCUGGUGCAAGCGAUUGUCGAUCAUCAUCACAACGUGGACGCCAAAGUGGCAACAAAGGUGAGGUUCCAGGAGCCGGGUAACCAAAGCUCGAACGUGACCGACGAUACGAAAGAGAAGCUGAUGCACGAAGGCAACAAAGAAACGGAAGCUGCCGAUGAGGCCGCAGAUGAAAAGGAAGAAACUAAGGAGGACAACGACGAGGAGACGAAACUAAUUGGCGGUUCGCCCAAGGCAGAAAAUCGGGAGAACACGGAAAAGGAAACGGAGGCCAACGCGCAAGAGAACAAAAGCCAAAGUCCGGAGGUUAAAAAACCCGUAAUCACACCCGAUGAGGGUGACGUGAGACGUAUGCACACUUCCUUGAAAUUAAACGAGGUAAUCCGCAAAAUGAGCAGUGAAGCUCAGCUGGUCAUCUUGAAUCUUCCUGGACCGCCAAGGGACACGAAGAUGGAGCGUGAAUCUAAUUAUAUGGAAUUCCUCGAGGUGCUCACUGAAGGCCUGGAGAGAGUGCUGAUGGUGCGGGGCAGCGGACGGGAAGUGAUCACCAUCUAUUCGUGAACUGAAGCGAUUGAAAUCGCCACCGCCUCGCGGAAGCAAAGCUCUAGUUUACUUCUCAGUGACCUAAACAACACUAUUCUAAGGAACACACUGCUCUUGUGCCAUUGUCUGCGCAGUCACUUGCGUCUCGCGAUUUGAAAGUCAUUAGGGGAAAAGGAAAAUGACGACGACGAUGAUAAUGAUCGUAUCAAAUACGAGAGGACAAAGUUUUACGCGGACCACGACGACCAAUCAUCGUUCGACGAUGAAGCCAACCGCGAUGAUUGUCAAGGAUAAAGUUUCUUUCAAAUGAAUUUUCGAAAAUGUGUAUUGAUGUGCGAAUUGAGAAAAGAUUCGAUAUCGUCGUUUUGAUACGCGUUAGAGACUGCUCAGAUACAAAUUCCGACAAAUUCUGUCAGGCUCGCAGCCGCGCUCUCUCCGGACUCCAUCUUGCUACCUUUCAGACCACCGGAAAACGAAAAAUCGUAGCUCAACGACACGAGUCCCGGAUAAACAAUUCACUCAAUUCCAACACUUCUCGAUUCAAUUUCUCGUAACUUUCCUGACAGCUAAAAAAGAAUUAUGUUUAAAAAAAAACAAAAAAAAAAAAAAACAAAAAACAAAAAAAAAA